UGUUCUUAAUCCCAUCUCUCUGUCUCUCUCUCUAAAGAAACCACCCCCCACACAAAGAGUCUCAUUCCCUCUAAAGUCACGCACAUCUUCUCCAAAAACAAACUCACACUCUCCAAAACGUUUCUGCUUCCGAAAAAAACCAUUUUCCCACUAUUCUAGCUCUCUCUCUAAACUCUAUGAGGAACUCUCACUGCUCACACUCUUCGCGCCCUCCAACCCACGAAAAUCUCUAGCCUCUACACCAAAUCAUCGAUCUUUCCUUCAUUGUUACCCGUUUCGUGAACUGGGUCGGCGUUAGUAAAAGAAGUUGCAGAGUCGUUUUGUUUUUUAUUUUGUUUUUGUUUUUUGAGUUUCGUUUUCUAUUAAUGGAGAAGAAACAGGGGUUCUUCUCCGCUCUAAAGGAGGAGGUGGUUCGUGGCCUUUCGCCGUCACGUUCCCGUUCGAGCAGUCCGGCGAGGUCUGGUUCGCCUAUGGCGGCUCUGCUGAGGAGGAAGAAGCACCACAACCACGUGGCGCAUCCGGAUGCUUUGAUCGCGAGAUCCGGGAGUAUGAGGCCGUUGGGCGAGACGUUAACGCCGUUGAUGGAGGGACCGGAUCCGGACGGAGGAGAAAUUGGGGAUUCGAAGAGGGUCGGGUCGGGUCUGGGGCAGUGGAUGAGGGGGCAGCUUUCUCGGGCACCUUCGGUUACUUCAAUGUCAUACAAGAGGUCUGAUCUGAGGCUGUUGUUGGGGGUUAUGGGGGCUCCUCUUGCUCCCGUACACGUGAGCUCCAAUGACCCUUUGCCUCACCUUAGUAUCAAAGACACUCCCAUUGAAACUUCAUCUGCUCAGUACAUAUUGCAGCAAUAUACGGCAGCUUCUGGUGGGCAGAAGCUGCAAAACUCAAUUCGAAAUGCAUAUGCCAUGGGAAAGGUCAGGAUGGUAGCUUCUGAGUUUGAAACUGCCACGAAGGUGAUGAAGAACAGGAAUGCCUCUAGAUGUUCAGAGUCAGGUGGGUUUGUGCUUUGGCAGAUGAAUCCAGACAUGUGGUAUGUUGAACUGGCUGUUGGAGGCAGUAAAGUUCAUGCUGGUUGCAAUGGCAAGCUCGUUUGGAGGCAUACACCAUGGCUCGGUGCCCAUACUGCCAAAGGGCCUGUAAGACCAUUGCGUCGUGCACUCCAGGGUCUUGAUCCAAGAACAACUGCUAGUAUGUUUGCUGAUGCAAGAUGCAUAGGGGAGAAGAAGAUCAAUGGUGAAGAUUGCUUCAUCCUUAAGCUUUGUGCUGAUCCUCAGACUCUGAAGGCUAGGAGUGAAGGCCCUGCAGAGAUCAUAAGGCAUGUCUUAUUUGGCUAUUUCAGCCAGAAGACAGGACUGCUUGUUCAUAUGGAGGAUUCACAUUUGACCCGGAUCCAAUCCAAUGGCGGUGAUGCAGUUUACUGGGAAACUACAAUCAAUUCGUUCCUUGAUGAUUAUAGACCUGUUGAAGGGAUCAUGAUAGCUCACUCUGGGCGUUCUGUGGUGAACCUCUUUAGAUUCGGCGAGAUGGCAAUGAGCCAUACCAAAACAAAGAUGGAAGAAGCUUGGACUAUUGAAGAGGUUGCAUUUAAUGUUCCUGGCUUGUCCGUUGACUGCUUCAUUCCCCCAGCAGACUUGAGAUCGGGGACAAUCUGUGAAACAUGUGAGCUCCCUCAGGAUGAAAGGGGAAAGGGUGCUAUUGUUCUUUCAGCACAUCGGGCCAAAGUUGCAGCAUUGGAGAAAACCCAUUAAGGUGGUGUUGAUAAUAUCGUACGGAAGAUGGAAGUUUAACAUUUGGUAGGAGAUCCAGAGUAGAGCAAUUGUUUAUACUGGUAGCAAGUUUUAAUCAACUAACAGUUUAGAAGUUACAAAGCAGGCGUUUCAAUCAGAUUUUGGAAAGUUGGUUAUGCCUCUAUUAAUCUGUAAAUAGAGCGUAAUUAUUCACAGGUUUCACCCAAAACCUUGAUGAAUCUUUAUACUCAAUGCAGAAUCCAACAAGGAGUUGGAGCUCGAUUUUCCAAUUAGGGAUAGAGCAAAUGGAGGUUAAUUUUUUAGUUUACCUUCCAUUCAAAGAGGGGAAGGUGGUGAAGCUUCUGGUAUAGCAGAACCUCUAACCUUCAAAUAGUUUCCACUAAUUCACUUUACUGAAUUUCCAAAGUAGCAGUAUUAAGGAAAAACUGCUACUGGCCCAACAUAAGCUUGAUGCUAAUGUUUUGUUUUUUGCUUAAUUUUACUGUUUUCGGGUGUGCUAAUAUUUGCUGUGCUUUUGUUCUAUUGAUGUAAAAGUUGUUUCUGAAUCUGGGAAGGAAACGAUGUUUUCUGGAUCUAUAGAAACAGGGCAGUGUAAAAAAGAAUGAAAAACUCUCCUUUUCUUUUUUCUUGUAA